AUGGAGCCCGAGUACCCCGAGUACCCCGAGCCCAGCCAACGGGGGAAAAGUGCCAAUUUGCUUGAGCCCUUCAAGUCGGAAUAUCGGAGCAAGAGGUGGAGGGAGUGGCUCUUCGAUAUAACGGAGGAGCUCGACAGUGGAAAUGAGUCCGACGGCUCCAAGGAUACCAUCUUUCCAGACCUUCCCAGGGACGGUGAUCUUUCUAAGCUGAUCCAAAAUUCAGACUCGUGGAUCAAACAAGCCGCCGAUCUGAUUGCCGACAACCAAAUCUCCAUAUAUGACCAGGGCCGUUCGGACAGCGCUUCCAGCCCGGUCAUACUGGAUUAUGGUGGCCUUCCAAAGGAGCCCAGGAUGCCAGACCUGGCGCCUGGUCGACUCGCGUUUCGAAAGCCCGGCGAUGCUUUCUGUCGGGAGCAGCAUCUAUGGAGAGGUAUUAUAGAAUCAGAAAAACACCGGGCACCCUUCGAAGAGCUGCGAUGGGCGAUUCGCUUGGGGGGCUGGAAGAAUGGCGACCCAGAAGAAAACCUGACCCAGCUAAUUGAAACCCGAUCAGCGGGAAUCAAAAAUAUCAAGGCCAAAAUCCAUGCGGUCACCAAUGCUGACGGCCAGCUUUUGCAAAAAAUGCAGGACUUCGCAUCACGUAUUGAAAAGACGGAAAGCAGUAAGUCCAAGCUCCCGCCCCCAAGGGUGGUUGAGCAGUCUCUCAGUGAGAAAAGGAUUAAGGCGGACAAGGCUGCUCAUGAGUACCAGAUCGGUAUUUCAACCUUAGUUGACUUGGAGGAGGGUGAGAAUUUCGUUGUCAGUCAUUUGGAAGGUGCAGGUGACGGGAUAGAAGACACGUCCGGUCAAGCGAAGGAAGCGACAAGUGAUGAGGAGGAUGCGAAUGAUGAGGCUGAAGGCCAUGUUAAUUUGCGAGAUGGUAUGAUCGAUGGACCCACGGAGGCAGAAGUGGAGGUCCAGCAUGAUCGGGCAGCAGAACGCAUGGAUCCCAAUACAACAGAUAUCAUAAAUCCACAAGAGCAGGGAGGGGAUCACACAAGCAGGACGAGUUCAAGUGAGGAGGGGGAAAUCGAAGAUGAGAAGGAGGACGACGAAGACGACGAAACGAAGGAAAAGCAGAAGGAGAUGGAGGACGAUGAGACACAGCAGGAUCAUGACCAACAAGAGAAUGCAGAUGACCAGGUUGUGUUCACAAAGGGGUAUUGGGAAAGUAUCAAGAAAUCCGUGAACGAGCAGAAAAUGAAGAACAAGAUAUUAGAGAAGCGCCGCGACGAGGCAUGGCAUGAGUAUCAGCAAGUGCAAAUGGAGAGUGCACUGACAAGAGUGAAAGGAGAAAAACUGGACCAGCAUUUGAAGGCACUCCGGGGGGAGCUUGGCAAAUUGAAAGAGCAACAGAGACUUUUGAUGGACUUCAAAAUGGAGCAGAUGCAGGAUCUGCAAAAGCUCGAGUAUGAAACAACAGUGGCCAAGAAACAACAAGACGCCUUACAACUGGCGGUAUCCCGGAUUGCACAGGAGGUGCAGGCAGAAGUUGUCGACCAAUUUCCGGAGCCAGAAACAUCCGCCAGCAAGGUCUCUGGCACCGAAAACGGUCUGCGCCAGCAGGUUAUCGAUCACCUUUCGAAGACUAAACUAGCGAAGCAUCUCGACAACGAACAGGAAAAAGCCCUCGCCACACUCAGGGCUGAAAUCAAACAGAAUCCCGAGCUAAGAUUGACUGACAAGGAAAUUGAUGAAUUGUUGAAGGUUCACUGUGCUUUAUUCAUGGCCCAGCCACUCAGGCGACUGAAGAACGCGAAAGAAACAAUCUACAGAGAUCUCAAAGAUCGUGAAUUCCGGCUGCUUGUCUUGUGCAGCGCACCCAACAAAUAUCACCCCCUCAUCGCCCGUCUCCAAAAGGACAUAUUCCGAAAGGAGGCUUCUGACGUAGACAGCCUGGAUGAGAAGAGAGAUUACGCCGCGCUUUCCUACUCCUGGGGCGAUGGGUCAGCGGACCACCACAUCUACUUGCUUCCAGAGGGGACCGACCGAAUUGAGGAUUCACUUUCCCUGCCAAUCCGAGAAAACCUCUUCUGUGCAUUGCACCGAUUGCGGAGGAAAGACCAGAAUGUCACCCUGUGGGUGGAUGCCUUGUGCAUUGACCAGGAAAAUAACGCAGAGAAAACCCGCCAGCUCGGGUGCAUGGUUGACAUAUAUGGUCAGGCCAGGAUGGUCUGUAUCUGGCUGGGUGAGAGUGACAAUGAAAGAAGAAGUGAUAAGGCGAUGGAUUUCAUCCCGCAGUUGGUAGACAUGGCGACUUUGGACGCCAACACUGACGGCAAGGACCAUGCUCACCAGUGGGCGGCUCUUUCAGAGCUCACCCGAGAUCCCUGGUUUGCUAGACGAUGGAUUGUCCAAGAGAUCUCACUCGCAAGUAAGGCCGUUGUAUAUUGUGGUGAGAAGAUGGUCCAUUGGGAUGUGCUGGUCGACGCUAUUGCCCUUCUGGUGGCCAACGAAGAGCGCGUCAGAGCCUUGUUCGAUCCUUCAAAAUGGCGAUAUGGGCGCAAUACACUAGGGGAGAUUCAGUUUUCGAGCGCAAACAUUCUUCUCGAGGUGAUAAGUAGCCUGUAUCCAACUACCGAGGACCGAAGCAAACACAAACCGUUGAAAAGUCUGGAAUACCUGGUAACAACUCUGCAGACCUUCGACGCCAGCGACCCACGCGAUCUGAUAUAUGCCCUAGUGCAUAUUUCGCGUGACCAUUCAGAAGGGAGGAUCACAAUGGGUCACCAGCCUACGGAGAAGCAGCAAAGCCUUGAAGAGUUGGAUCAGCCUACUGAGGAACAAAAAAUCCCUGGGGAGGUGCACCAGGCUACAGAGAAGCAGCAGAGCUUUGAAAAGGUGCAGCGAACCCAGCCCCAAUUACACAUAGACUAUGGGACACCCAUCCCUACCGUGUUCAAGCAAUUCACUCAAUAUUGCGUGAAACUAUCCGGCUCGCUAGACAUCAUCUGUCGCCCUUGGGCGAAACAGCCCAAAUCUCAGGAAUGGUCUCUGUUCAAGACUUCCGAGGAAUUUCUAUACAACAAUCUACUUCCAAGCUGGGUUCCUCUUCUGGAGAACGCAGAGUUUGGUGGCCCUGGACAGUCACACAAAGGUCGAAAGAAUGGACGAAGCUUUGUCGGGACGGUAGGCCAGCCGAUCUACAACGCCUCCAAUAACACGCAAGCAAAGAAUGUCAUAUUCAGCGAAGAGCCAAUGUCUAUGAAAGUGACUGGCUUGCUUCUGGGAACGGUGGAAGAAGUUUCUCCGCGUUGUAGUGGGGGCGUGGUCUUUCGAGAGUCUCUCAGGCUCGGUGGCUGGGAAGGAAUCGACCAUGGUCCCAAGGUUGUCCCGGCUAAAAUAUGGCGGACCUUGAUUGCGGAUAGAACCUCAAACGGACUGUCCCCUCCCCCUUGGUAUCAACGAGCUUGUCUGAGAAGUCUCGAAAUAGCUGACAUGUUUAGCGGUGGUGACCUGAAUACUGGACAACUCUCAGAUGAGGUAGUCUUCGUGCGGGACUACCUUAGAAGGGUCCGAGAAGUGACAUGGAAUCGUUGCUUUUUCAAGGCAGCGGGUCAUGAAGAUGCGCAUAUCUCUGACAAGCAUCAUGCUACAGGUGACGAUAAGGCCAAGGUGGAACUGCAAGCUUCCAAUUAUGGCGAUGGUGUGCCUGAUAUUAUGAUCGAAAAUGCAGACCAAACUCAACACAAAGAAAAUCUCGAUACCGAUUUGAGUAUUAUAGAUGCUGAAAAGCUCGUACAGGAUGGAGAAGCAACUGACCAGGCUGGAAAUGAGAAUCCGGUACAUGUCAGCAAGGGGGUAGAUUAUCCGAAUGUCUCCAUACACAAUGGGCCAAACAUGGAGAUGUUGACGGUCACGCCUUCGGAGAAAAUAGGGCGCAACUACACGUCUGGACAAGAAGCGGAGUCGAACUCAGAAAGGACGGCAGACUGGUUUGGUAUUUGCCCAAGAAAUACAUCCAUCAAGGAUAAAGUGUGUAUUCUGUUCGGGUGCAGUGUUCCGGUUAUUUUGCGCCCACUAGGGAAAGAUACCUAUGAGCUCGUUGGUGAGGCAUAUGUCCAUGGAGUGAUGAAUGGGGAGGUGGUCAAAAACAUGGAGGAAGAAGUGUUGAAGAGGUCGACGAAAAUAUUUGACAUCAGAUGA